AUGGCCGCCCUGGGUGAUCUGAUUCACAGCCAUCGCCCUGCUUAUUAUGAGCGGCUCUCGAAGGCGUCGUAUCUCGUACGCCUAGCUAGAACGCUUCACACGCCGCGGAAAUGCUUCACGCGUUCAUCCCCGCGUGGGCUUCCCCUUGGAAUCGAUGUGGUGUGUAUAUCGGACACGCACAAUUCGACGCCCGCAUUACCGCCUGGCGAUCUUCUCAUUCACGCGGGAGACAUGACCGCAGGUGGCUCCGUCGAGGAGCUUCAAGGGCAGCUCGAUUGGCUGAACCAACAGCCUCACAGGCAUAAGGUUGUGAUCGCGGGGAAUCAUGAUAUGGCUUUGGACAAGCAAAAGGCCGCGGAGCUGGGGGAAACUCGCUUCCGCGGGCGAUCGCUACGCUGGGGAUCUGUCAUCUACCUGGAGCACUCGGCGACCACUUUGAAGUUCCCUGGAGGCAUCAGUCUGAAAGUCUACGGACAGCCGGAGACCAGAAGGAAUGGUUCCUGGGCCUUUCAAUACGAUCGAGACACCGACGUCUUUACGAAUCGGAUUGCAGAAGAUGUCGACAUACUGGUCACGCACUCACCGCCACGGUUUCACCUCGAUGAGGCUGGGCAGGGCGAUGGAUUCCUCUUGCGCGAACUUUGGCGAGUCAAACCCUUGCUCCAUGUCUUUGGCCACAUGCACAAUGGUUAUGGCCAAGAAAGGCUUUCACACGACCUGUUCGAACGUCAUUACGCAGACAUAUGCGAAGGAAAGGCUGGUCUUUGGGCUCUGUUGCGGAUGCUCAUCCUACUGCUUCAGAUGCUGGUGACUAUUACGGAUCACGAGCUCGAACAGACUGUUUUGGUCAAUGCAGCUGCUGUUGGAGGUCCACGGGACGCAGAUCGACGACCUGCGCAGGUUGUACAUCUGUAAUGGCGAUGCCAGACCAGUGGAUCAUUCGAUUCUAGUGCGGCGGGCCCUUGCUUCUUUACCAUCCCUUGCUUCAAUGGCUUUACAGUUCUCGAAUGUCCUUCGACCGCAUCAUUGUUCACAGAUAUCUCCCCAGGACACAAGCCGAUACGAACCACCAUCGGCCACGAGGUCACGGUCUACAUCCCCCCUGGACUGCUAUCGUCCGCGUUCACGGCUUCGCCACCAUGCUGUGCGGGCUCAGGAAGAUCUGCUUCGUGAUCGGAGUCAUGGCAAUCCUCAUAGUCUGGUCAUCGUGGACGUCGGUCGAAUCAGUGGCAGGAUGGAGACCGGAUUUGACCAAGGUGGACCUGAAAAAUCCCGUAAGGGCACUCUCCGAAACGCCUGAGACUUCACCGUCAAGAGAGCAUGAGCAGUCCGGAAG